GCAAUAUUCUUCAUCCAGUACGGUGAGUAGUAGUAGCAGUAGCUUCUGGGCCUGGUGUUCCCUCAACAAGGAUGGCUGAUGAUAAUCAAUAUGGAGAAACAGAAACAGGGCCUCAGCUGCUGUGCAGACUUGAUAUAACCUUGCCUGACGUUUCAAGGCUUAUGCCGAAUGUAGUGCGGACUCUGCAGAUUGAUGUGCACCCUCAUGAGCCAUGGGUUCUAUGCACUCGUACUAAUUAUUGCCUGAUCCAAGUCUGGAACUAUGAAGAUGGGACACAGGUCGCCUCAGGGGAAGUUCAAGAGGCAGUUGGUGAUGCAAAAUUUCUGAUGCAGAGAGACUGCCAGUGGAUUGUGGUGCAGAAUUACUCUCGCAGACGCUUUGACAUCUAUGAACUGAAAUCCUCAAACUGGCAACACAUAACACGCGUAGAGCAAUCGCCAGCUUCUAAACUUGUUUAUGGAUCCAUGGCUGUCCGUGAGAGCUUACCCUACAUACUAACGUUUAACGAGUAUGAUGUCAUUUUACUGGACUGGCGGGAGAGUCGGGAUGAGAUUAAGCUCAUGCAUCAUCGCGGUAAAGUAACUGCAGUGGCAUUUCAUCCAAUAGAGUCGGGUAUCUUUGCAAUCGCAAGAGAUGACAGCACCAUCACGAUAUGGGAUCUUGGGAGCAUGUCCAUUGUUAGGAGGUUCUACACAGAACGUAAUUCAAUUGUGACAAUGGUUGAAUUCUGUGGCCGAUUCUCGAAAAAGUCACUGCUGAUUACAGCACACAGCUCGAAGAGUGAAUAUCUCCCAACUCCAGCCAUAGUAAGCGUCAUCGACUUCAGAAGAGGAGUUUGCCUUGCCAAGCUGACCGGGCAUUCUAGGGAUGUGAAGUCAGCCUUUCUGCAUCCACGAUUGCCUUACCUCUUUAGUGCAUCAUCUGACGGAGAAAUUCGAGUAUGGAGUGAGAGGGACUAUCAGCUGGUGGCAUCUUAUGUCUGUGAAUCGUCAUUUCUUGAAGGCAUGGCUCUCUGCAGACAGUCUGAUCUGCUCAUCGUUGCUGGUAGGGAAAAGUUUUCUGUGAUGGAGGUAGAGGAAGGAAGAAAAACAUGGGCGUCGGAGACAAGGAUGGAGGACCGGGAAAAGGAAGCAGCGCAUGCCAAGCUGGACCUCGAGACAAAAAUCAGAAAUGUUGUAGCGGAAAUGGAACUCAAACGUAAGAGCGAAAUUAUUGACGACUUGAGAGCUCAGCGUAAGGAGGAGGAGAGAACUCAAGCAGAGAGGGUGAUGAAGCUGGAGUCGGCGGUGACCGGGUUGAAGGCAGCGGUACAGAGCCUGGAGGCGGAAGGAACGAGCAUAAAGGAUGAGAGAGCUGCACUUCUAGAGAAGCUUGCGAGGUCAGAGCUGGAACUAGAGACAAGAAUCGGAGAUGUCGUACGCAAAAUGAAAGUGAAGUGCAAGAGCGAAAUUAUCGAUGACUUGAGAGCCCAGCAUCAGGAGGAGGAGAGAGGCCAAGCAGAGAGGGUCUGGAAGCUGGAGUCAGUGGUGAACAGUUUGAAGGCACUGGUGCAGAGUCUUGAGGCGGAAGGAACGAGCAUGAAGGACGAAAGGGCCGCACUUUUCGACAAGCUUGAGAAGACAAAGAUGGAGUGCGAGAGAGUGAUCGAGGAACUGACAGCCAAUCAUCAGCCAAAAGAAAAGGCCCAAAAGGAGAGGCAGCAGCCCCUGGGGACGGAGGCGGACACGUCCGGAACUGGAGCUGAAGAACUAAAGACCGUUCAAGUUGUGGAGACGAAGCUUGAAAUGUCAGUGCGGAGGGCUGAGCAGCUUGAGUGCGAGAGAGCUGAAGUGAAUGAGAGACUGGAGAAAUCUGAGAAAAGGAUUGAGAAACUGGAGAACAAGAUGGAGGCAGAAGCUGCAGAACUGAAAGCCGCUGCAGAGAAGCUCGAGUGCGAGAGAGCGGAACUCCUCGAGAAAUUAGAGAAAUCUGACAAACGGAUCGAGAAACUGGCGCAAAGGUUUGCUGAAGAGCUUUCUCUGCAAGAGCCUCUUCGAGAAUAUUCGUUGAGAGAGGUCCGGGAUGCAACGAACAACUUUGAUGCAUCGAACAAGUGUGGCAGCGGCAGUCAUGAGGGAUCAUGUCUUUACAGAGGGAAACUAUGCGAUGGUACAAUGGUUUUGGUAAAGAAAUCCGGGACCUUGUCAUGUAUGCAGGAGAUGCACUCUGCCAAGUUUAAGACAGAGGUGGUGGAUAUUUUGCACACACUACAUCACCCCCAUUUAUUAACGCUCUUGGGAGUUUGCUACGGAGGAGGCUGUCUCGUGUUCGAGCACAUGCGGAACGGAAGCGUGAAGGAACAGAUUGGCAAUGCGGAGAAUACCGUACCAGGAUUCAUGCCCUCGCAUGUUCGCUUUCGAACAAUGGUGGACGCUGCCAGAGCGGUGCACUUCCUUCAUUCGAGUCGAUUGGCAAAUGGCAGUCCCAUUAUCCACUGUGCCAUCAAGCCAGAAAACAUUUUUUUGGAUGACAACUUUGUGGCCAAGAUUGGUGACAUCGAUCAGGCGCUGCUCGUCCCAGAAAAAUGUGUCCAACAAAAGUCAACAAAAGGAUCCGAGGAUGAGGGCUCACAUUCGACAUUCCUGUUCCUACAAGCCAAUGCCCAGUAUGUGGCCCCAGAAUUGUGGCAGUCGCAGGUGUUCGACGAGAAGACCGAUGUGUAUGCGCUUGGUGUCACCAUUUUGGAGAUGCUGACUGGAAAGUUUGGGAGGGCAAUCGGGGUAAUCCAAUGCGCUAUGGAGGAGGGGGAGGAGGAUGCAGUGGCUUUUGAAAAAGCCUUGGACCACAAUGCAGGGGCUUGGAAUGUUGAGCUGGCAAAGGAAGUGGCGAAGUUGGGGUUAAGGUGUGUCAGCCUAGAUAGACACAAUCGCCCCAACAUGAUGGAAGAAGGUGUAGGAAUUCUUCCUGUGCUGGGGGGAGUUGCGCUCAAGGUAGUCGUCGCAGAGGCAGUGGAGGUGAACGAGAAACUUUGAGGUGUGAAUGUACUUUGGAAGUUUGGAAAUAACUGAGUGUUGCGAUGAUCUGAUCAUAAAGAUCGAUGAGGUGGAUAAAGUCUUUUAGGUGAA